GUCCUUGCAAUGGCCAUGAACACUACAUCUCCCACAGCACACUCUGCACCAGGUGUCAUGUUCAUCUCUCUGCUGGCUAUCAUCCUAUUAUCAGUGGCGCUGGCUGUGGGGCUCCCUGGCAACAGCUUCGUGGUAUGGAGCAUCCUGAAAAAGAUGCGGAAGCGCUCUGUCACCGCCCUGCUGGUGCUGAACCUGGCCCUGGCAGACUUGGCUGUAUUGUUCACUGCUCCCUUUUUCCUCCACUUCCUGGCCCAAGGCACCUGGAGUUUUGGACUGUCUGGCUGCCGCCUGUGCCACUAUGUCUGCGGAGUCAGCAUGUAUGCCAGCGUCCUGCUUAUCACCACCAUGAGUCUGGACCGUUCGCUGGCGGUGGCCCACCCCUUUGUGUCCCAGAAGCUGCGCACCAAGGCUAUUGCCAGGCGGGUGCUGGCAGGCAUCUGGGUGUUGUCCUUCUUGCUGGCCACACCUGUCCUUGUGUACCGCAAGGUGAUCUUGAGACAGAAUAGGAGCUUGGUCUGCUUCCCGAACUACCCCACCGAAGGCCACAGGGCCUUCCAUCUCCUCUUCGAGGCCAUCACGGGCUUCCUGCUGCCCUUCCUGGCCGUGGUGGCCAGCUACUCGGACAUCUGGCGCAGGCUGCAGUCCCGUCGCUUCCGCCGCAGCCGCCGUACCGGCCGCCUGGUGGCGCUCAUCAUCUUGGCCUUCGCCGCCUUCUGGCUGCCCUACCACGUGGUGAACCUGGCCGAGGCGGCCCGCGCGCUGGCGGGUCGGGCCGUGGGCUCCGGGCCCGCGGGCCGGCGGCUGCUCCUGGCCCGCCACGUGCUCAUCGCGCUCGCCUUCCUGAGCAGCAGCGUGAACCCCGUGCUGUACGCGUGCGCCGGCGGCGGCCUGCUGCGCUCGGCCGGCCUGGGCUUCGUCGCCAAGCUGCUGGAGGGCACGGGCUCCGAGGCGUCCAGCACCCGCCGCGGGGGCACCCUGGGCCAGACCGUGAGGGGCGCCGCCGCCUCUCCGGAGCCCGGCCCCGCCGAGAGCCUCACUGCCGCCCCCAGCCCUCAUGAGGGAAGCGAACUGAAGUAG